CCAGUUGUCGGUGUAAUUUGUUCACGGUGACAUUAUGGAAGUCUUACGCCCAGCUCUUAUAAAUAUAAAUGGGAGAAUAUAUCGACGAAAUUUCAUAAAGGAGGAGCAUUAUGAAGAGGAAGAAGAUGAUUUUUCUUACGCGGGAGCAGCAGAGAGUGAAGAGCUCGCAGCCGACGAUGCCUGCGACAGCCACGGCAUCGAGCAGACACCUAAAGGCUUCCGCUGUGCCAUCGACGUCCCGAGUGUGCUUUACAAGUACGUCAUUGGGAAGAAAGGGGAGACACGCAGACGUCUCGAGGCAGACACCAAGACAUCUAUCAGCAUUCCUAAACCAGGAGUGGAGGGACAGAUCGUUAUCACAGGGUCCCACAGGGCUGCAGUCUCCUCUGCAGUCACGCGGCUUGAAGUCCUAGUUGAGGGCUUCCGGAGAAAGCAGCCUUUCACCCACUUUCUGUCGUUCCCUCUGAAUGACCCCCAAGUUCAGGAAGGCUUCCUCAGCUUUAAAGAUAAGGUCCUGGAGCAGUGCUCACAGGAUCAUGGCGUAGAGGCGAGCAUCUUUCAAAACCCUGCCAAGCUUCACCUGACAGUUGGCACCUUGGCUCUGUUAAAUGAAAUGGAAGUGACAAAAGCAUGUGAACACCUCCGGGAGUGUCAAAACGUCAUCAAAGACAUCACAGAAGGAAAACCUCUGCCCUUGGAGGUGACAGGUAUUGAAUACAUGAAUGACGACCCGGCCAUGGUGGACGUCUUGUACGCCAAGGUCAGCGUAAAAGACCGCUCUGACAAGCUGCAGGUGAUUGCGGACCGGCUGGUGGAGCAUUUUGUCUCAGCAGGGCUGAUGGUCAGGGAAUGGGACAAAGUGAAGCUGCACGGCACCGUGAUGAACACACUGUUCAGGAAGGAUUCCUCAGUUGAAGACACGGGCGGUCCAGGAAGACAAACCAUAAAAGAGAGAGAGGCUUUUGAUGCCAGAAACAUAUUAAAGAACUUUGGUGCUUAUCAUUUUGGAGAGUUUGAACUGAAUACUGUCCAGCUGUCUCAGAGAUAUGCCACAGACUGCACCGGUUACUACACUUCUGCUGGGAGCAUCAGCUUCUCCUGACGAUCUACAGCCAUGAGUGUUUACCGAGCUGCUGAUUAUGUGUUGCAGGUGCAGAUGAACAUGGCAGCGCGGUGGAAAGUGUUCAGCAUGGCCGGCUGUUGAAGGAAGUCCAUGCCGUCUCGAUGUGUCAGAUGAACCGCAUCCAUAUGACCUACUGUGCAUUGCCAACACCGUGAAGGACACUCCUCACCUCAAUGGAGUGAACAAGCAGCGUGAGAGACAAGGUUCCAUGAAGCUGUUCAUCUGAUCUUGAUUUCAAAAGGCUGACAACAAAAGGCUGUAGUAGCAUUGCUGAAUGUUUUUGUUGAAAUCAAAUUAAACAGACAGUUGCAUAUGCCUGGGCUGUGUUUUUGUACCGUUUUUAGGCAUAAGGUGCCACAUUUGCCUGGUUGCCUGAGUUGAAGUCUUGCAAGAAUAAAUAAAUUUGCAAAGCA